CGCGCUAUAAAAGCCAGCCGGCGAGGACACAGCAGCAGAGUUCGUCGAGGAUCCGGACAACGACAUGGCUUGCAAGGUGGUCAUCUUCGCGGCGGUGGUGGCUGUGGCUCGCGCCAUCUACCUGGACGCUCCCGCGGUGUACGCCCCGUACGCCGCCCGCACCUAUGCCGCCCCCGCUUACGCCGCCGCCCCCGCUGUCGUCGCCGCCCCCGCCGUCCGCGCUGCCCCUGUGGCCAUCGCCGCCCCCGCCGUGAGGGCCGCCGCUGUGCCGGUAGCCGCCGCCGCCCCCGCAGCCGUGGCCGCCGCCGAGUACGAUCCGCACCCUCAGUACAGCUACGGCUACAGCGUGUCCGACGCGCUAACCGGCGACUCCAAGACCCACCAGGAGAGCCGCGACGGAGACGUCGUCCAGGGCAGCUACAGCCUGGUCGAGCCCGACGGCUCCGUGCGCACCGUCGACUACACCGCAGACCCCGUCAACGGCUUCAACGCAGUCGUGCACAAGGAGGGCGGAGUCCACCCGCCAGUCGCCGCCCCCGCGCCCGCUCCCGUCGCCGUGGCCGCCCCCGCAGUAGCCAGGGCUACCAUCGCCGCCCCAGCCGUGGCAGCCGCCCCUGUGGUUAGGACCGCCGUCGCCGCCCCAGCCAUCGCAGCAGCCCCCAUCGCCAGGGCAGCGAUCGCAGCACCCGCCUACGCCACUUACGCCGCCGCCCCCUUCGCCAGGGCUGCAUACGCUGCUCCUAUCUACCCCUAUCCUAGAACUUACCUCCGCUAAAUCAUUUCAUGGCUAUCAGUCACGUAUUGUAGCUGCUUCUGUGGAAACCCGCUGGUCAUCUCUGUAUUUAUGUCGUGUAAAUAAAGGCGUUGACUCAUA